CCAUUUAGUACAGUGGGAUCCACCUGCAUCUCUAUCUAUCUUCCUCCAUCUCUUUUAUUGCAUCCAUCUGUUUGUAUAAACUUGCAUAUUCCCAUCCUUUUCAUCUUCAUCUUUACAAGUACAUAUAUAUAUAGUACAUACACACUUCAAGCUUUCUGGGUUCUCUUUCUUGUCCUGAUCAAGCUACUUCAAGAACCACUUUUUUUACUACAGUAAAAGUAUAUGGUUAAUAUUACGAGUUGGGUUGGUUUGUGAGAAGUGGAGAAGAUAAUUGUGCAUAACUGGACAAUAUUGAUAAAGUGGUGAGCAGGGUUAUUGAUCGAUCUAGUGAGCUUCAGUACAACUUGGAAUUUUUGAUACUAGGAUGGGUGCUAAACUUACCUGCUGUUGGGAGCCGGAACACAAUGGAGGGUCAGACAACCAUCAUCUUGAACAUGAGGACUCUGGUGAAUCUGGAGAUUUGCCGUCUUUUCGUCAGUACACUGUAGAACAAUUAAGGAUUGCUACAUCUGGAUUUGCGGUGGAGAACAUAGUCUCUGAACAUGGAGAGAAGGCUCCAAAUGUGGUUUACAAAGGGAAGUUAGAGAAUCAAAGGCGGGUUGCAAUCAAACGCUUCAGUAGAUCUGCAUGGCCUGAUCGUCAGCAGUUCCUUGAAGAAGCGAGAGCUGUCGGGCAACUCAGAAAUCAUAGAUUGGCAAAUCUACUUGGUUGUUGUUGUGAAGGUGAUGAGAGACUUCUGGUCGCAGAAUUUAUGCCUAAUGAGACUCUUGCAAAACACCUUUUUCACUGGGAAUCACAACCUAUGAAAUGGGCCAUGCGGUUGAGGGUGGCCAUGUAUCUUGCAGAAGCUCUUGAAUAUUGUACAAGUAAAGGCCGUGCCCUGUAUCAUGAUUUAAAUGCUUACAGGAUAGUCUUUGACGAAGAUGCUAAUCCUAAACUCUCGUGCUUUGGGCUGAUGAAAAAUAGCAGAGAUGGAAAAAGUUACAGCACUAACUUGGCAUUUACACCUCCGGAGUACCUAAGAACUGGAAGAGUAACUCCAGAAAGUGUGAUGUAUAGCUUCGGCACCCUUUUGCUAGACCUUCUUAGUGGAAAACAUAUUCCUCCUAGCCAUGCCCUUGAUCUGAUAAGGGACAGGAAUCUUGAGAUGCUGACAGAUUCUUGUCUGGAAGGCCAAUUUUCUAAUGAUGAUGGAACUGAGUUGGUGCGUUUAGCUUCAAGAUGUUUACAAUAUGAGCCCCGGGAGCGUCCGAAUCCAAAAUCUCUAGUUACUGCUUUAAUACCUCUGCAGAAGGAGACUGAGGUUUCCUCUCAUGAACUUAUGGGCAUACCAGAUAGUACUGCUGCUUUCCCCCUUACCCCGCUUGGUGAUGCUUGCUUAAGAAAGGAUUUGACAGCUAUACAUGAGAUUUUGGAAAUGCUCGGGUACAAAGAUGAUGAGGGCACUGCAACUGAGCUUUCAUUCGAAAUGUGGACCAACCAGAUGCAGGAAACUUUAAAUUCAAAGAAGAAAGGUGACGUCGCUUUUCGGCAUAAAGAGUUUAGUGCUGCAAUUGACUACUACACACAGUUCAUUGAUGUAGGGAUUAGGGUCUCCCCCACUGUCUUUGCUCGCCGUAGCUUGUGUUACCUGAUGACUGAAAGGCCUCUAGAAGCUCUUAAUGAUGCCAUGCAAGCACAGGUGAUAUCCCCUGUUUGGCAUAUUGCAUCUUAUUUACAAGCUACUGCUCUUUCCACUCUGGGGAGGGAGAAUGAGGGACAAGUAGCACUUAAAGAAGGUACUGUCCUCGAGGGAAAAAGGGAUGAAAAUCCAUGAGAACCGGAACAUCUACUACAAGUUUUUUAUGAACGACAGUAAUUAUGUCAAUGCUACUCAACUCUAGGCAGAAUUGAAUUCCUUCAGUCUCAGAAAGUAACAAAUUUUGAUGGAUAGAAAUGGUGUCAAUGUUCAUAGAUGCUGUUGGUCUGGUUUUGCUAAGCAUCCUUUCAUAUAAUCAUUGGAUAGGUUACUUCGUUGAGUUUGUUGAGUUGGUAAAGGAUAGUAUGAAUCAUUUUAUGUGUUAUACACGUGAAAGAAAGGUAGGAGUGAGUUUCAAAAUCUUUGUAUAGAACUACAUUACCUGCUUAAUACUGAUUAAAAAUUUACAGAUAUGUACAUUCACAUGCAAGAUGCAAAAAUACAUAGAGAUAUAUUAGUUA